UUUAACCCCUCUCUCUUCCUUCGAAGUUGAAAGGCAGGAGUAGAGCGGUGGAGGGGCCCAGCAGCUUGCCCUCCUACUUGCCGUUGAUGCAACGUUUUCGCCCCUUCUCAGCCAUAUUAGUGUUUGUUUCCCGCUCGCUGUGAUAUUCAGAUUAUUAUUAUUAUUAUUUUUCGUCUUCGCGAUGGCGGGGGCUAUUAUUGAAAACAUGAGCACUAAAAAGUUGGUGAUAGUGGGAGUUACUCUGCUUCUGUUCCAGGCGUUUGCCUUCAUGGUCGGCGGUUUAAUUGCUCCAAGUCCGACCACGGCAGUCCACUACUUGGCCACAAAGUGCGUGGACACAGUCAAGAACAGGCAAGAAACAAAAUGGUUCAUGCCUUGGGGUCCUAACCAGUGUGACAAGAUCCGGACCUUUGAUGAGGCCAUGGCCAAGAGGAUUGAGGCCAACAACAUUGUGUUUGCUGUCCACAUUCCUCUGCCCAACAAGGAGAUGAGCCCGUGGUUCCAGUUCAUGCUGGUCAUCCUGCAGUUUGAUAUUGCCUUUAAGAUCCGCAACCAGAUCGAGGAUGGAGCCAUGGUCAUCAUUGAUGUUGGGCUGGCCUACAGAGACGACACAGUCAGUGAGUGGACAGAAAUGGCUCAUUCCUUCGAACAGAGGAAGCUCAACUGCAACUUUACCACCGCUAAGACCAUGGAGAAUGAGGGUCGUUACUAUGAAUGUGACCUGCUGCCCUUCAUGGAGGUGGGGAGCGUGGCCCAUAAAUACUACCUCCUCAACAUCCGGCUGCCUGUCAAUGAGCGCAAGAAGAUCAACGUAGGAAUUGGAGAAAUCAAGGACAUUCGUCUUGUUAGCAUCCAUCAGAACGGAGGCUUCACCAAGGUUUGGUUUGCCAUGAAGACCUUCCUCACACCCAGCAUCCUCAUCAUCAUGAUCUGGUACUGGAGACGCAUCACCCUCAUGAGCAGACCUCCUGUUCUUCUGGAGAAAGUAAUCUUGGCUCUGGGCAUCUCCAUGACGUUCAUCAACAUCCCAGUGGAGUGGUUCUCUGUUGGCUUCAACUGGACCUGGAUGCUGCUUUUCGGGGAUAUCAGACAGGGCAUCUUCUACUCCAUGCUGCUCUCCUUCUGGAUCAUCUUCUGUGGGGAACAUCUCAUGGAUCAAACUGAGAGGAAUCGGUUUUCAGUCUACUGGAAGCAAGUUGGACCUAUUGUCUUCGGCUCCUUCUGUCUCUUCAUUUUUGAUAUGUGUGAGAGAGGUGUCCAGCUAACGAAUCCAUUCUACAGCAUCUGGGCUUCUGACAUAGGAACUGAGCUGGCUAUGGCAUUCAUCAUUGUAGCAGGCAUCUGUGCCUGCCUUUACUUCCUCUUCCUCUGCUUCAUGGUUUUCCAAGUCUUCCGCAACAUCAGUGGCAAAAGGACUUCUCUGCCUGCCAUGUCCAAGGUCAGACGCCUUCACUAUGAGGGUCUGAUUUUCAGGUUCAAAUUCCUCAUGUUGGUCACUCUGGCAUGUGCUGCCCUUACUGUCAUCUUCUUCAUCAUCAGCCAGGUGAACGAGGGUCACUGGCACUGGGGAGAGCACACGGUGCAGGUGAACAGCGCCUUCUUCACUGGCAUCUAUGGCAUGUGGAAUCUGUACGUCUUUGCCAUCAUGUUUCUCUACGCGCCUUCCCACAAACGUUACGGAGACGAGCAGUCAAGUGGUCAGUGCAUCACUGGUGAUGCUGGAGCAAACAGUGGAGAGGACAUCCAGCUGACCACCACAAUCACCCACGUUGAUGGUCCCACUGAGAUCUACAAAAUGACUGGCAAAGAAGCCCAGGAAUAGAGUUUGAGUCUCCCAUCGCAUCCCAGCUGCUCCAUGGAUGUCUGUGUAAUAAGACAGACUUUUCAUUUAACACCCUGUUCCUCAAAACUGCAUAUACAAUCCACCUUGCAUGCAACCAUCAGUUCUUUCUAGCACCAAACCCUGAGCUUGUUUACAAGGCACCCUAGUUCCAAAGUCCCUAUUGUACCUGCAAAAAGCCGAAUAUCAACACUCCUGUUCAUUUCAUAAUGAAAUUUCUUGUCACAUUUCAUACUGUAAGUAAACUAUGCUUUUUGUAAAUGUUGCACAAUGCCUUGUACACCAAGUUAGGUACUGAAAAGCUGUUUUAUUAAAGACAUUUAGGUGUAAGGACGGCAACGUCUUGGUGGUUUGAAGUUGCAUGCUCUCCUGAGCUGACGAGGAUGGACAGCGAGAUUUUUCAGCCACUUGCUUUGAUUGUCCUGCUUAUCCGUUCUAGUUGUAUUCAGGGCCUCAGAACCUGUCAUAGAUGCAUCUGUCAUUAAAAAAAAUAGUAGAUGGUAUGAAGACCUGCUGUCAUUUAGUCUUUCAAGGAUUUCUUUUACAUUAUCACUGGGGGAAAUGUACAAACCACAUAGCCACUUUGGGAAAUUCAUACUGUACAUUCAUCAUGUUACAAUGUAGAUAUCUAUUUUUUAUAAGUUCCUUUUUUCAGUUUUAUAAAAUGUAUGCAUCAAGCUAUCAAUGUUUUUUUUUAAGUUGGCUGUAGCUUAUUUCACUUUAGUUUAUUUGCUUUGUAUCCUAAUUUAAAUAAAAACUUUUACU